ACGAAAACAGCAAAAAAAGAAAAGAGAGAGAAACUUGUUGAAGUUGCAGAAUUUCAAUUCACCUAACGAUCAAUCUAUUAGAAAAGACUGCUAGCUUAAAAAAUGGAGAUGAAUUAGAUGGAUAAUAUUAUUACGCUUAUUUGCUCUUAUCGUGUAUAUAGCGUGAGUAACAAACAACACGAAUUUGAUGAUGGAGCAACACGCAUGCUUCGAUUGCCUUCAACACCGAAUCAAAUCCGAUUUCUCGGACCACCUCCUCUUCUCUUAUGGCCUAUCUGAUUCUCCUCUCCCUCUCGGCUCCUCUGCUGUUGUCCAGAUUCCAAAUUCUAAUGGGGAGGCCUCCACUUCAUCUUCUUACUUCAUAUUGGAGCAGUUACCGAGUCACCGAUACCAUUGCUUAGCUAAAUACGUUGGUGAACUUAUCGCACAAGAUAAUGAAGACAGUGACAGUCAUGGGAUUGGUGAUAUGUCUUUAUCUCAAGUAAGCCAAGAUCCUGCUAAGCUCAAUAAUCAAACUAUGUCAGAUUCUCCAUUAGACCAAUCUUCAUUUUUGCUGAAUGGUGAUAGAAAAGCAUCUAUAGAUACAGUUGGAUCUGAAAAUUCUACCUGUACGCAUUCCAAGAGCUUUUCAUGCUCCCGUAUAAUCAGUGCGUUGGCCCCAGUAGCUCAUAUUGCUACUUGCUCCAACAGUGUCUUUGAGAGGAUUGCUUCUAAUUUUUUGUCUGGCGAUGUGGAAGACCAUGUGAUGCACUCACUUAAUCUCUUGAUUGAAGGAAAAGCUUCAGGGCGAGACUGUGUGAAUUUUCUUCGUCUACUUGGGAUACCAUCUUUUGAUGACAGUAGCAUCCCUGGCUGCCUCAGGCAUCCAAAUAUAGUUCCUAUUCUUGGCUACCUUAAAACAGCCAGGAAUGUUUACUCUGUGAUGCCAAAAACUCCUUAUACCUUGGAAAAUAUUUUAUAUUUCUGCCCAAGUGCCUUAAAGUCUGAGUGGCAUAUAAGAUUUUUGGUGUAUCAGCUGCUUUCUGCCCUUGUUUGCUUACAUGGUUUAGGGGUUCAUCAUGGUAAGAUACAUCCAUCUAAUCUAAUGCUAACUGAUUUAUGCUGGUUUUGGCUACGCAUUUGUAAUAAGCCAAAAUCAGGAUAUACUUUAAGUUUAAAUGAACGUGCUGCCUCAGCAAGAAUAUGUUGCUGCAUGGAUGACUGUUCCUCUCAAGGACUCUAUGCAGAUUUAAAGCUUUCUUUAUCUCUGGACUGGCAUUCACAAUUUGAUCUAUGGUGGAAGGGAGAGCUGAGUAAUUUUGAGUAUCUACUUAUCUUAAACAAAUUGGCUGGUAGAAGAUGGGGAGAUCAUGCAUUUCAUACGGUAGUGCCAUGGGUAAUAGACUUUAGCACAAAACCAGAUGACAAUUCUGAUUUAGGAUGGAGGGACUUGAGCAAAAGCAAAUGGCGGUUGGCAAAAGGUGAUGAACAGUUGGACUUCACCUAUUUAACUUCUGAGAUGCCACAUCAUGUAUCAGAUGAAUGCCUUUCUGAGUUAGCUGUCUGCAGUUAUAAAGCUAGGAGGUUACCCUUGAGUGUUCUACGUCUGGCUGUUCGUUCAGUCUAUGAACCUAAUGAAUAUCCUUCUAAUAUGUUAAGAUUGUACCAGUGGACGCCUGAUGAGUGCAUCCCAGAGUUCUAUUGUGAUCCUCAAAUUUUUUAUUCUCUGCAUUCUGGCAUGACCGAUCUGGCAGUACCAUCAUGGGCAGGUAGUCCAGAGGAGUUCAUUAAACUGCAUCGAGAUGCCUUAGAAAGUGAGCAUGUUUCAAGCCAAAUUCAUCACUGGAUUGACAUUACCUUUGGCUACAAAAUGUCUGGACAGGCAGCUGUGGCUGCAAAGAACGUUAUGCUGCCUUCAUCAGAACCCAUGAUGCCAAGGUCAGUAGGACGUCGUCAGCUCUUUACUCGACCACAUCCUGCACGUCUAGGUUCUGCAAGGAAGAAACAUUAUGGGGUGAUAAAUGAAGUAGAGGGUAAGACACCUCCUCUUUUUCAAGCUUCUUAUUUAGAAAAAUUAGAAGAAGCAUCUGCUUUUUCUGAACAUGCUACUCAUUUGAGUCCUCAGUAUUGCUAUGAUCCAAAAAGCAUUAAGAAGGUUAUCUGUUUUGCUGAAGAAUCAGCAGUUGAGAGUAGUGAUAAAAGCAUCUAUAAGCCACCCGAAACUAUUAAAAGCCAUGGAUUGCCAUCUGAUGUUAAUUUGAGUUAUCUUCUUGAGCAUAUUGAGGUGGAUAUUGAAGGUUCCAUAGGAUACCAAGAGUUCUUGCUUUGGAGACAAAAACCAUCAUAUUCAAGUAAAUUUUCUGAAGAUUUUGCGAAGGACAUGUUUUCUGUUGGUUGUGUCUUGGCGGAACUUUAUUUGAAGAAGCCACUCUUCAAUUCAACCUCAUUAGCUACAUAUACUGAAAGUGGUGUUUUACCUGAAUCCAUGCUGGAACUUCCUCCCCAUGCUAAAGUUCUAGUUGAAGCCUGCAUCCAGAAGGAAUGGGAUAGGAGACCGUCGGCCAAAUGUGUUCUGGAAUCACCUUAUUUUCCCGCAACAGUCAGAUCGUCCUAUUUGUUUAUUGCACCGCUGCAGCUUCUAGCAAAUGAUGGAUCUCGUCUUCAAUAUGCUGCAAAUUUUGCAAAACAAGGAGCCCUGAAAGCAAUGGGUGCAUUUGCAGCUGAAAUGUGUGCCCCCUUUUGUUUACCUCUUGUAGUAAACACUCAGUUUGAUACUGAAGCUGAAUGGGCUUAUGUUCUGCUGAAAGAAUUUAUAAAAUGUUUGACACCAAAGGCAGUGAAGAAAUUGGUCUUGCCAGCCAUCCAGAAGAUUCUACAGGCCACAGGUUAUUCACAUUUAAAGGUAUUGCUUCUCCAAGGUUCGUUUGUGCAAGAGAUUUGGAAUCUCAUGGGUAAACAAGCAUAUUUGGAAACAAUACAUCCUUUAGUUAUAUCAAAUCUGUAUAUUGCUCCUCAUAAGAGUUCAGCUGCUGUUGCUUCUGUUCUGCUGAUUGGUACAAGUGAAGAACUCGGUGUACCUAUCACAGUCAGUCAGACAAUCUUGCCUUUGAUUCACUGCUUUGGGAAAGGACUCUGUCCUGAUGGAAUUGAUGUGCUGGUUAGAAUUGGUGGCCUUUUAGGCGAGAGCUUCAUUAUCAGACAGGUGCUACCAUUGCUUAAACAAGUUGUUCGUUCUUGUGUCAGUAUUUCAUUUAUGAACAAGCCCGAGCCGGUUCAGAGUUGGAGUGCUUUAGCACUGAUUGAUUGCUUAAGCACGUUAGAUGGUCUAGUUGCAUUCUUGCCAAGCGAGGUGGUUGCAAAGGAACUGAUUGAAGAUAGGAGUUGUUUACAUGUUACUGUUCUUAUGCAGACCAACUUGGAAAUUCCAGUGCUUCAGGUUGCCGCUACAACUCUCAUGUCAGUUUGUCAGCAAAUUGGACCAGAAUUAACAGCAUCACAUGUUCUGCCGCAACUCAAAGAGCUAUUUGAUGAGCUUGCUUUCUCACAGGAAACAUCAAGUGACUUUGGUUUUUUAAGAAAAAACUUAAGGACUUCCAAGUCCAAAGUAGAGGGGGAGGCUCAAGUUGAAAGCCGUAUGGACCUUGUGUUACUUUUGUAUCCUUCUUUUGCAUCUCUCCUUGGGAUUGAGAAACUUCGUCAGUGUUGUGCCACAUGGUUGCUUCUCGAGCAAUUUCUUUUACGAUAUCAUAAUUGGAAGUGGGAACAUUCAGGAGAGUCAUCUCGAAGUGGAGCUGAAAAUAUAACUGCUAAAAGGCCUUCUUUUAACAAGACCUCAACAUCUGACUAUAACCCUGCUAAGCUAUUGCUUAAUGGGGUAGGAUGGUCGGUUCCACAAUCCCAAGGAACUAAAGGUUCCAAAAACUUGAUACUUCAGAGACGGUAUGAUGGCAUCCAUCAUAGUUCAGCUAGAAGUCAUUUAGCAGCCUCAAACCUUUCAAAGCGUGAACCCUGGUUUUGGUUUCCUAGUCCAGCCGGCAGCUGGGAUGGGCCUGAAUUCCUUGGGCGUGUUGGAGGUCUGAAAGAUGAACUUCCCUGGAAGAUUAGGGCAUCUAUUCUAUAUUCAAUCCGUGCCCAUCAUGGAGCAUUAAGAUCUUUAGCUGUUAGCCAAGAUGAGUGUAUGGUCUUCACUGCAGGCAUUGGCCCAGGUUUCAAAGGAACUGUUCAAAAGUGGGAACUUUCAAGAAUAAAUUGUAUAUCUGGCUAUUAUGGUCAUGAGGAGGUGGUGAACGACAUUUGUGUAUUGUCAUCCAGUGGAAGGAUAGCAUCGUGUGAUGGAACUAUUCAUGUCUGGAAUAGCAGAACAGGGAAAGUGCUAUCAGUUUUUGCUGAACCGUCAGCUGAUUCCGCACAUCUUGCAAGCCCUUCAUCCUCUGCAUCAAAGUUUAAUGUUGAUAAUCCCAAUAUGCUGAAUUCCAACACAUUAUCAGGAGGAUUAUUAACUAGUGCAUUUGAUGGGAGCUUAUACACUUGUAUGCACCAUUUAGAAUCUCUUGAAAUGCUUGUAGUUGGCACUGGAAAUGGUUCUCUCAGGUUUAUUGAUGUUGCCCAGGGUCGAAAUCUUCAUCUAUGGAGGGGUGAAACUAUUGAAUCUGCUUUUCCUUCUCUUGUCUCUGCCAUAUGCUCAUGUGGAUCUGACAAAACUCCAGCAGAUGGAACUUUUGCAUCAUCAUCGUGGAUUGCAUCUGGACUAAGUUCUGGUCAUUGCAGAAUAUUUGAUGUGAGAAGUGGAAAUGUUGUUGCCUCUUGGAGGGCUCAUGAUGGAUAUGUUACAAAGUUGGCUGCACCAGAGGACCAUUUGCUUGUUUCCAGUUCUCUCGACAGGACUCUGCGAAUUUGGGACCUUAGAAGGAAUUGGCCACCACAGCCCACUGUAUUUAAAGGUCAUACAGAUGGGGUAUCUGGUUUCUGUGUAUGGGGACAAGACGUUAUUUCUAUUUCCAAAAAUAAGAUCGGCCUUUCCACUUUGUCUAGAUCUGCUGAAGAAGACGGGCAGCAGCAGGUUGUGCCGCAGAAACUCUAUGCAGCUGAUCAUGGAAUGAAAAAUUUGUCAGUAUUAUCAAGUAUAAGUAUUCUACCGUUCUCAAGAUUGUUUGUUGUUGGAACAGAAGAUGGGUACUUGAGAAUAUGCUGCUAGAUGUGCAUUCAAGCCAAAAACAAGUUAUAGCUUUUGUAAUUAGGAGGCUUGAGUUUAAAAUUGAUUUUGUAUAUGAACAAGGUUCAUUUGCAUCUUCGGUUGAUGUGAUGAGAGAAGUAAUUCAAAAAUUAAAAUACAAAGUGCAAUUGUUUUGGCUCUGAUUUUAAGGCACCUUUCCGGCAUUGGCCAUUCUCAUCAGGCAAGAAAUUCUAGAAGGCCAUCAGCAUCUAUGACUGAAGUUUCCAAGAUUUACCUUCUACUGCAUUGGAGUGUCCUUUUGGGGGGCUGAGGAGAGCCAUAGCGUUUUGAUGGCAUCAGCCAUGGUGGAGUGGAGACUAUAUAGUCUUCUCUAGGCAUGCUCGAUGGAGAUGAAUAUCUGGGAUUUCUAAAGAUUGAUUCGGUAAGAUAUCUGUUGAACUUGGAUAACAAUCAGUAUGCUUCCUGUUGUAAUCAGUUAGCUGUUUGUAAUUGGGUUCCGUCUUGAGCUUUUUAUCCCAAACCAAUAAAGCAGAAUUUAAUCUCUUAGAAAGAAACAAAUGAAAUGCUAAGUUUAUUA